AUGGCCCAACGGUUUCUCUUCCUCCUCUCCCUCCUCACCUACUUCACUGGUGCCUGGGGCCAGUUCACCAUGACUCAACCACCUUCUCUGUCAGAAUCCCCUAGAGGAACAGUCAGGAUCACCUGUACCAGGGCAGCGGGUAGCAUUUCUGACUAUUAUGUGAGCUGGUAUCAGCAGAAACCUGGCACUAAACCAGUACUAGUGAUCUAUAAAGAUACUGAGAGACCUUCUGGAAUCCCUGAGCGAUUUUCUGCUUCUGUCGAUUCUUCCUCCAAUUCAGCCACCUUGUCCAUCUCCAACGUCCAACCAGAAGACGAGGCUGACUAUUACU